GCUGAACUUUGCGUGAACAGGGCCCGACCGGACAUCCUUCGAUUUCAGUGACUCGGCGUUGCAAGACCAACCACUAUCCACUUUACGGUCGAAAUGGGCGCGCCUCGAAAACCGAUCGUCCCUGUGCCGGGCAAGGAGAACAUCCUCAUUACUAGCGCGUUGCCCUAUGUCAACAACGUGCCUCACCUUGGCAACAUCAUCGGCAGUGUUCUGUCUGCAGACGUUUUCGCCAGGUUUUGCCGGGCGAGGGGCCUCCCGACGAUCUACGUCUGCGGCUCGGACCAGUACGGCACCGCGACAGAGACAAAGGCCCUCUCGGAGGGGGUGGAUCCAGCUACCCUGUGCGCCAAGUAUCACGCGAUCCACAAGGAGAUUUACGACUGGUUCAGAAUCGAUUUCGAUGUCUUUGGCCGCACUCCCACACCGGAGCACACCGCCAUCGUCCAGGAUAUCUUCUCUCGCCUCUGGAAGAACGGCUUCAUCGAGCAGCGCGAGACCACCCAGGCCUACUGCCCGACCCACUCGUCCUUCCUGGCCGACCGCUAUGUCGAGGGCGAAUGCAGCAUCUGCCACGACAAGGGUGCCCGCGGCGACCAGUGCGACGCAUGCGGCAACCUCCUGGAUCCCCUAGAGCCGGACAGGGAUGCGUCCGGGAACCAGGAAACCAAGGCGACCGGCUGGCUCAUCAACCCCCGCUGCAAGCUCGACGGGACAACGCCUGAAAGGCGCCAGACCAAGCAUCUCUACCUCCGCCUGGACGCUCUGCAGGAAGAGAUUAAACCAUGGCUGGCUUCGGUUGAGAAGGGCUGGAGCGCAAACUGCGUCUCCAUCACCCAUUCGUGGUUGGAUCAGGGCCUCAAGCCCCGCGGCAUCACCCGAGAUCUCAAGUGGGGUGUCCCGAUCCCCACCGGGCUUGACGGCCUGUCCGACGAGGAUUAUGCCCAGAAGGUGUUCUACGUCUGGUUCGAUGCUUGCAUUGGAUACCCCUCGAUCACCAAGACAUUCACCGAUGCCGGCAACCCCGAUGGCACGAACUGGGAAAAGUGGUGGAAGAACCCGGACGACGUCUCUCUCUAUCAGUUCAUGGGGAAAGACAAUGUCCCGUUCCAUACCAUCAUCUUCCCGGCCUCCCAGAUCGGCACGGGCGAAAACUGGACCAAGGUCAAGCAUUUGUCCACAACAGAGUACCUGAACUAUGAGGGCGGCAAAUUCAGCAAGUCUAAGGGCGUCGGUGUGUUCGGCAACAAUGCCCGCGAUACCGGCAUUGAUCCCGAUAUCUGGAGAUAUUACCUCCUGUCGAGGCGGCCCGAGACCAGCGACUCGGAAUUCAAGUGGGAGGACUUCAUCGAUGUCAACAACAACGACUUGCUCAAGAACCUCGGCAAUCUGUGCCAGCGUGUCAUCAAGUUCUGCCAGGCAAAGAUGGAGGGGGUGGUGCCCGAGCACGACCUUUCUCCGUUCCCGGCCCUUCAGCAACACAAGGAGGAGGUGAACAAACAGCUCCGACAGUACAACGCAGAGCUCAAGGGUCUGAAGUUGAGAGCGGCGUUGUCCACUGUUAUGAGCAUUUCUGCCAUGGGCAACAAGCUUUUGCAGGAUAACAAGCUCAACAACCAGCUCCUUGCCGAAGAACCCGACCGCUGCCGUGCUGUCAUCGGCCUUGCCCUCAACCACAUCCACCUAUUGGCUAAUAUUCUCUCCCCUUACAUGCCCGAAAAGGCGCAGUCCAUUCUCCGGCAAUUGGGAGUCGCGCGGGCGGGUGAAGAGGUCCCAGCGCACAUUCCGGACACAUGGGAGGCCAACGCUCUCAAGCCGGGCCAGGCUAUUGGGGAGCCUGAGCUGCUGUUUACCAAUAUCCCCGCCGCCAAGAUCGAGGAGUGGCGCGAGGCGUUCGGCGGCGAGGAGCUCCGCAAGCAGAAGCAGCUGGAGGCCGAGAAGGCGGCGGCAAAGAAGGCGGCGAAAGAGCGGGAGAAGGAGAGGAAGAAGCAGAGAAAGGCGGAAAAGGCGGCUCAGGAGGCCGCCACACUCGCUAUUCGGCCUGCCGAUGCUCGCCCGGCUGCCGAAGUGGCGGCAGAUCCAAGCGAGCCGGCCCAGCCGGUUGUCAAUUAAGACGUGUUGAGGGGCGCGAGGCACUGGCG